ACGUAAUUCCUUUUUCUCAGUUCUUUUUAUUUGGAAAAAAAAGAGAAAGAGAGAGAGAGAGAGAAGGUGUUAAAGCUUUAGGGUUUUGCAGGCAGAUUUAGAAAUUGGAUUAAAGGAAACAAUGGAACACGGGUCUUUCACUGAUAAUAGUGCUGCCACUUUUUCUUUAACUGAUGAGGAUCAUACCAUAGCUAACGCUGUUAGAUUCACUUUGAAUCAAGACCCAAGGGUUACAUUCUGUGGCUACAGUAUUCCUCAUCCUUCAGAGGCUCGAGUUAAUAUUAGAGUUCAAACCACUGGUGAUCCAGCAAGAGAGGUAUUGAAAGAUGCAUGUCAAAAUCUGAUGUUGAUGUGUAGGCAUGUGAGGUGCACUUUUGACAAGGCUGUUGAAGAUUUUAAAGCAAGCAAUGCUGUGAAGGCCAUGAAAAUUGAUUCACAAGACAGUAGUGGUGAUGAUUCAGAAGAGAGUGAAUGAAAAUGAUUUCCUACUAUCUAUCUUUCACAUCUUAAGACUAUCAUGUGGUCAUUAGCUCAAUCUGAAUUACUUCUUUUUGUUAUCAUAUCGAAAGCUUUUCGUUUGAUAUCUCACUUAUCAUCAACCAUUUUCAUUGGAUUUGCAAACUAGAGUUGCCUAUGCAAGCUAUUCGGUUUA